CAAGAACCUUCUUUUGCGGCCACGCGCAAGUUCAAAACCGCGGCGAGACGUCGUUUAACGUUCGUUGGCGAUAACUGAAAAGCCACCACUGACGAUAUGCAAGGUGAUGCCGACAAGUGGCUAUCAAAAAUGCCGACGCUGUUUGGAGGGCACACUGCGGCGACGGUAACUAGCUCCAGCCGUGUCGAGCCGCCGAGCACCAAGGAACCGCAGGGCUCCUUCUCGACUGUCGUUUGUGGGGCCAAGCGUCCAGCAACGACAGCCUUCCAAGGCACUCUCUCGCCGCCCACUGGAUCCUCCUGGAGUUUGCUCGCACCAAGAUGCAACCAAGAUGGUGCUCCCCCUUUGGCGGAAGAUGUGGUUAUUGAAGAUGUGGAAAUGGAAGAUCUGUCUGACACCAUUGAUGAAAGUCUAAGCCAGCAAGCUCCUCGCACAGACUUCAAGGGUACUUACGUGGUCAGUGACACCAACAUCUUCCUCAGCAAUCUUGACCUACUAAAGAAGAUUGUGUUGCCAGACACAGGCACUGAAGACAUGGUAUUGUGUGUCCCUUGGAUGGCUAUUCAAGAGCUAGACAAGAUUAAGACCAAAAAAAAAGGCCCGCUGUCCAACAGCGCUGUGGCUGCCAUCAAGUUCGUAUACCAGGCCUUGUCAACCAAAAACCCCAGACUCCGUGGGCAGACUGUUGCAGAGGCACUGCAGAAGGAUGAAGACCUGCCCAAAGGAUGUGAACUGAAUGAUGACCAUUUCAUGCACUGGUGCCUCAUGUUUAAAAAGCAAGGCAGCAAAGUGAUCUUGGUGAGCAAUGAUUGCAAUCUUCGCAACAAGGCCAUAAUCAACAGCAUUGACACACUGUCUGCUGAUCAACUGGAAGAGAAACUUUUGCCGCUGGCUGCCAGGAAUGACCGUCAAUGGCUGCCCGAAUCAUUCACCAAGUGGCAAAAGCACAGUCCAUUGUUGCCGCAGACUUGGGAACAUGGAAUCUGUGCCAGGCAGGAGCAGAAGGAUGCUGCGAUGGAAACAAACACUCAUGUAUGCAUUGUACCACCACACGAUGGGGACGCUGUUUCAAAGGAGGUUCGUGAAAUUCUGUGCACAAGCCUGAAUCUGGUCCUCAAGAGUGAACUGGAAGAGGCAUUUGGUGCUGUAUGGCUGCGUGUUGUAGACUUCAAACCACCCUGGACUGAAGAGAAUGCCCUAAAGUGUGUCCUCAGGCACUGGAUAGCAUUAAGAGGCACAGCAUUCAAGUGUUCAUUAAAGCUUGUCAUCUCCUCUCUGCUGGGAAAACUGGCAAGUGGAUUUGGACCAAGUGGCGACGUCUGUGUGACUGUUCUACCUAAGUCUGGAGUCAAGAUUAACCCUGAAGAUUGCUCCACUGGCUACUCAGUUGUGCUCGGAGUUGCAGCUGCACUACCCCCAGCUGGCUGGAAGUGUAGCACGGCUCAAGAAGCUUAGUGAGCAAGCACUCCUGGUGGCCACUCCUGUUCAGCUGCUGGUUGGGUGUCAUGAUGCGACUGCCAUGAUGCCACGGGACUAGGUCCGCUUUUUGGUAUAAUUGCGUGUUCCUUCAAAUAAAUUUUCAGCUGC